UUUGCGUGUGAAGAGGAUUGCAAAAAUGAUCCAGCUUCUUCUGAGAGCUUUGAGAUGCCACAGAGUUUUCUUGAAAGCGGACAAAACCGGGUGGAAAUUUUUCCGGGGGCAAAAUUUUAUUUAUCAUCUCUCAGCAUGGCAGUGAUUGAUCGGAAAGUUGCAGAUGCGGAUAACAAGGAUAAAUGGAAAAUACUUAUUCGUCAAACUUUAAUUCAUGUUUAUGGCAAGAAAUUGGGCUUAUUCAGUGCAAAAGGGGCAAAGGUCAAUUCUAGACCAUCCAUCAAUCGGCAAUUAUUCAGAGGACUUGUCGCUCGAGCGCAAACUGUAAGUGAUGAACCAAUCGAUGAGGAAACAUUGACCAAAUAUAUCAACAAAAUGGCUUUCAAUAAACGCAGGACAUCGAAAGUUGUGAUAAAUUCUGAGAACUCGGAAAGCAGAAAACGAGCAGUGGCAAACAAAGGAAAAUUGAGGAAAGAUGUUGGCAGCUCGAGUGCAAAUAAUAACUUGGAAAAUCACCCUCCGGCCCAACAACUGGCUAGUGUUGCACAAGCUAUAUACCAAUCUCCAUCAAAUGAUAUCAAUGGAAAUUUGGGAAAUCUUCAUUCAACUCCACGACUGCAAGAUGUGCACCUAUCACCAUUGAUGCACUCCAAUAGGUCAAACAAUGAUCCGCCUCCUCCUUCACCAGGGAACCUUAAUGCCGAAAGUGGAUAUCACCCAUCAUUUUCUACGUUCCAUCAUGUCGGACUGGACAGUCACUACGGAGUAGAGUUUGCUCACGCAAUGGAAUACUCAGGGAGGACAACUCCAUUCUCAGGGAGUUCAGGACGAACCUAUACGCAGUUGCAUUGAGGACCAUGAACGAGUUGUGCCUUGCUUUUACCGACAAUUUAGUUUUCUGGAAAAUUAUGUUAUGAAUUAUAUUAUUAAUAAAAAUGUAUAAUAUAUCAAGAA